AUCAGCAAAAUGCCUCGCUCAUUAGUCCCAAGUCCAAAUGAAGAAGCAUGGUUUAAAGAAGAAGCAACCCAGAAGCUAAAGAUAGAGAGAUUAGUUGCUGCCAGGAAGCAGUCCCUCCAAUGGUGUAGGCGCAAGACUAACAAUCAAUCAGAGAAGAACAGACAAAAACAAAUUUCCGUUCAACUACAAGCAACAAAAUCAAAGUUAUCAGAUUUAAAAGAGAAAGGGGAUGACAUCAAGGAAGAACUUGAUAUUGCAAUGGCAUCUGUGGGGGAAGCGUUUGAUGAUGCUGAUAAAGAAAAUGCUGCGGAGAGGGAUGCAAAGAGGGCAAAAUUGCUGGAGGACUACAAAACAGCAGCAGCAAAAAGACACAGAGCAGCAUUGAAGCAGCUAAACGAAGUCAAGGAGCGACAGCGGGCUGAAGAGACACAGUUACUAGAACUAAAGAAGGAGACUAGAGCCCAAGAAAACACCCGGACUAAACAGCUACUGAAAAUGCCGCUGCAGAACAGUCAGCCGCUUAUAGAAGUACCCAGCCUCCAGGCUGCUAAAAAACCAGCUCUGCAAGGUCUGGAUGCCUUCACCAAAACAUACUAUCAUCUGCCAGUCAGUGGUAUUGGUGUAGUGCAUGAAAGAAGUUUGGCAGUCAAGGAGGCUAAGGAUGCCAAAACUCUAGCUUCUGAGGUGGAGAAGAUGAUGGAAGAAUGUCGAUCUAAGUUGAAGCAGUCAAAGCAGGCGCGUGAGGAGCGAGCGGAUGUGAGAGGGAGUGCUGCACUACAGAAGGUGCAACUAAAGAACGUUCUAGAGGACGUGACGUCACAGCUAGACAGAUAUGCAGUUUACAACCGGACACGGAAACAGCCGUCCACGCUGCGUACCAAUGUGUUUGCAAGUAAUUUAGCGCGGGAAAGUACGCAGAAACAGCACCAAAUCGACUUAGAACAUGCAGUUGAGGACAUCUUCGACAGGCACACACAGGUGGUGGAUAUGGUGUUGCCUAGUUCCGUUAAGUUUGAGAAUGUUGAUUACACCUUAGAUACUGUUGAAGAGAAAUCAGAGAUAGGUUCAGUUCUAGAAGAGGAAGUAGCAGAUACAAAACCUGAAGCACUCGCGCAAGUAACUGUUUCGUCUCCCUCUAUGUCAGAUACUAGUCUUGAUAAAGACCCGGCUAUUGAGGACAAUCUGGCAGCUGGCAGUAGACCUAGUCUCAACCUUUACUUUCCGCUUCAUAGUGAUCUGAGCUCUGAACAGAGUCCGGAUAGGGCUGAUACUAUGUGUGAAGCUGAGCGAAUCAUGCGUAAAACUGAGGAAAUAGAGGCUGAUUCUACCCAUGAUACAGGUUUAAGUCAUUAUACGGUGGAACGAGAGGGUAGCAUGACUUGUGAUACUGGCGAAGAUACAAUAGAUUUAGAGCCUAGACCGAUAACCCCACUCGCUGACACAGGGAAGAUGUCGCCAAUCCAAAUCAUUGAUCAUUCCUUAUCCUUUUCAGCAUCAUCCAAUUCCCAAGCGUCCACCUCAACGUUGAAACGUCCUUCCGAUACCACAAUCUGUAAUGAGGACAAGAUGAAGGACGUCAUCGAACAACGUGCAUUGGAUUUGUCGAGCCUGAUAAAAGAUCAGCUGAAGCUAAACAGUGAGUUGAAAGCCUUGGGAAAACCAUUAAAUACCUCUGUAAACAUCGAAGAAGUAAACCAACCUCCACCUAUCUCCUACAUAAAAACAACUCCCCACAACUUAUCUCUACAAUCCAAAUACACCUCUACCCCGUCCACCUCCUCUGGUAAAUCAUCCUCCUCCUUCGAGGAGAUUAUACAAUCUCUACUAACAUCCAGUCAAGUAAGCUCCGAUAAGAGUGGCGGGGUAUCCAGAGCCAGUGAUUCCCUCUCCCAACAUACCCUCUCUCAAAACAGCUCUCUGGUCUCCGAGACACUUCCUCCCGGUCUUGUUGAUCACGUGAUACCACGUGACCUGCUAACUCCUGGUGUUGUAAAACGGACAUCACUGAGUGGAGGAAGUUGGGAUCAAAGUAAACUUGCCAGUAGAGACGUGAGUUCAGCGAGCAGUGGGGGUUCCUCCAGCUCCCAGAGGUGUGGCAAGUUGAAGUCUGAGUCUGUAUCAUCGGGCCUGUCUGAACUUCAGAAACAGCUGGCCCGGAUUAACUCUCAUUUGAGUGAGAUUGAGAAGAUUAAAGAUACGGAUAAUUUGAUUAAAUAAUGAUUAAUUUUAUUAAUUAAUCACAGAUUUGGGAAAUAACGAUUAAUAUUAGACGUUAUCGCAUUUUAGAAAUACAGUAUUGAAUUUCAUUUUAUAUCAAUCAGACUAGACUAUUACUCAUGAGCAGGCAUAAUAUUCACACAGCUAUGACAUAAAUUGUUUUUUUUAUUUUCACAGACGUCAGAGUUAAAUAAAUUUGCUUUAUAUAAUUCAGUAUGUACAAAGAUUUGUAUCUAUUCUUAUCCUGUAUAAAUUUACUCACAUACAUUGCCGUAUUUACUGAUGACGAUAUUAUUAAAAUAUUGACUAAUUUAAAAAAUUAGUUAAACUGACAAUGCUGAUUAUAUUUAGUUAUUCGUUGUGAAGUGAAGGUUGCUUCCAGACAUGUGUACUUGAAAACCGUUUUCACUGAAAAAUCAGUACGGAGCCACAACUGUAAUUUUUUAAACUUAAAGAAAAACUAUAUUGUAAAUUAAUUUUAUAAACGUU